UAACGAUAAAUUUAUUUGAGUAUCCACAUGCGGCAUAACAAUGACAUGAAGACAAGCAGGCAGGUACAGCCAUUGAAAUUGUAGUUCACCCAGUCACAUUAUGUCCAUGGUAAUUGAAUGAGUAUAUUGUUGAUACAGUUCAAGUAUAAAGUAUAGUGAUUUGAUUUUGCGAUUCGAGAAAAAUGGGAAAUCAUUGCGACAUUUAUCAUCAAUGUUUAGCUGUAAUUCCUGUAUGCCUGCUGGAAUUUUCAAUGGGUCUCGCAUAUGGUUGGGUCGCCCCAAUGAUCAACACUUUCCUAGAAGAUCCAAACAGUGAGAUCAAAGCCACCGAAGAAGAAUGUUCUUGGAUUGCCAGUAUGCUAGGAUUCGGCAGAACUUUCGGUCCUUUUUUUUCAAUCCUACUAUUGGACAUACUAGGACGUAAAAUCAUGAUACAAAUCACAGCUACCAUACUCGCAACUAUAUGGUUACCAGUUCUAUUCACUCGUUCAGUCAUCAUCUUAUGUAUUUCAUUUUUCGUUGGUGGUUUAGGAGUCGGUAUUUGCAACGGGGUAACCGCUGUUUACUUGGGAGAAAACUGUUCUCCGAAAAUUCGAGGCAUUUUUUGCAGCGCUAGCGUCACAUCGUUUUAUUUGGCAGUUUUACUGCAAUACACAAUCGCAGGGUCCUUAUCAUACAACGCUAUUGCGACAGUAAAUUUCAUCUUGGUAUUUUGUGGUCUAAUUUCAUGCACAUUUUUAGCCGUCGAAACUGCUCAAUUUCUCAUGCUGAAAGGUAGUUUUGAUAAAGCUGAAUCAAACAUGAUGUGGUUGAGAGGAACUAAAAACAAAGAUGACAUUAAUACUGAUUUCGAAAACAUCAAAGCGAACGUAGCAUCCGAGAAAUUGAAAAAGACCUCGUACAGGGAGCUAUUUUUUGCACCAGCUAAUUUGAAGAGUUUGGUCAUAGUUCUCACAUUGAAUAUGGCCCAUGCAGCUACUGGCAGUUCAGCUUUAUUCACAUAUAUCUCGGUAUUAUUUCCUCAGAAUGAACACUUCACGUCGAAUCAAGUCACCGUGUAUUUUGGAAUCUCUCAGAUGACCUUCUGCCUUUUGGCUUCUUUCGUGAUUGAAAACGUCAACCGGAGAUCUCUAACUUUGUUCGCAUUUUCUCUUUUUCUCAUAUGUCAUUCGAUUUCUACGUAUUUCUUCUACGAUGCUGCCAAUAACGAGUCACCAUCUCAAUAUGGUUUAUGGGUAAUAUUCGCCAUGGUUUGUUUAUUUUCUGGGUUCAGCGCAGUGCUCGACUCUGUUGUGCAUAUGAUAAGAGGAGAGUUAUUUCCUCAGAGUAUUAGACCAAUUGGGGCUGGAUUUUCUAUAGCGACGCAUUCUUUUACACAAUUUUUAACAGUCAAGAUAUUUUUGAUGGUUAAAUCUCAAUAUGGCAUCUAUAUGAAUUUCCUUGGAUAUGCUGUCUGCAGUGCAGCCGCUUUUUGGUUUACUUAUUUCUUCCUACCCGAAACCAGAGGGAAAACUUUGAUUGAGAUACAGAAAUCAUUAGAAAAACAGAAAUGAAUCUUUUCACUCAGUGAAGAAAUGUAACAAUAAUUUCUAGAUGGGGACGAUAAUAUGUAUAAUGUACUCAACUCAUAUACCUACUUAGUACCUGUCAAAUAACCUAUUGAUGCCAGUUAUAUUUUAUGUAAUGUACAUGUGGAUGAUCAAAUACACAUGACCACUGUUUUUCAAGAACAUUUAUGAAAAUAAUUUCAAUCCAU